CUGAUAUGCACUAUAUUUUAACAGGAUCGCCCUCAUGGCCCUGUUAUUACAAUGUGCGGCCAUGUCUUCUGUUAUGAAUGUGUACAGGAAUAUUUGUCUGGUGAUGAUAAUACGUGCCCUGCUGUAAAUUGUAAAAAAACAAUCGGUGAUGAUCUUGUUUACUCAAAAGUUACUUUGAAGAGUUGUAUCUAUGAUGAUAGUGGCACUUCUAGUUCUUCAAAUUCACAUCUAAGUGAUUAUUCGCUAGUGCAACGGGAUAAUUACAUUUCAUCUAAAAUCAAAGCUGUUCUUGAGGUUAUGCAGUCAAAUUGUCAAAUAAAAAUAUCUAAUUCUGACUUACAAAACUCUGGAUGUUGUAGAGAUUCGCCGUCAUAUUCUAUUGAUCUAGAGAUUGAUGACAGUGAUUCAGAGGAUAGGGUUGCAAAACACACAAGAAAGAAUUCAAAGUCCACAACUGAAGGACCGAUAAAGGCUAUAGUUUUUUCCCAGUGGACUAGCAUGUUGGAUUUAGUUGAGACAUCAUUGUGUCAAUUUGGUAUACUGUACAGGAGACUUGAUGGUAGGAUGACUCUGGGUGCAAGGGACAAAGCUGUUAGGGAUUUCAAUACUGAACCUGAGAUAACUGUUAUGCUGAUGUCACUAAAGGCAGGAAACCUUGGAUUGAAUAUGGUUGCUGCUUGUCAUGUUAUUCUUUUGGAUCUGUGGUGGAAUCCAACAACUGAAGAUCAAGCUAUUGAUCGAGCCCAUAGAAUUGGACAAACUCGUCCUGUUACCGUGACAAGGAUUACUAUAAAAGAUACCGUUGAAGAUCGGAUACUGUCUCUACAGGAGGAUAAGAGAGAAAUGGUUGCAUCUGCUUUUGGGGAAGACCAUGCUGGUAGGUCUGGAACUCGCCUUACAGUGGAUGAUCUGAAAUAUCUCUUCAUGGUCUAGACUCAAGACCUCUCCUUGCUUCUUCUUCUCAUAUGAUGGAUGGAUAAUUUGAAGUUUUGUUUUGUUUUGGGAGAUUUGGCAUGGAGUUGGAAUGGUUGUUCUGA